AUGGAACCUCGAAAAUUCGAUGUUGACAGGGUCGCUGUCAUUGGCGCUGGUCCUGGUGGUCUCGCGGCUGCAAAAUAUCUUCUCGCAGAACAAAAGUUCUCUGAAAUAGCAAUCUUCGAACAGCGCGGCAACGUCGGCGGAGUCUGGAAUUACACUCAGAACAAUACCCUUGAUGGCAAUUUCACUAUUCCGCGAACACAGCCCAGCGCGACUGUAGAGAAGCCCACCUGGGAAGAUGACGAAGCUAUCUUUGUUUCCCCUGUAUACGACUACUUGGAAACGAACAUUCCAAACAAUUUGAUGAAUUACUCCGACCUACCGUUCCCGAAAGGAUCAUCCCUAUUUCCGAAACACGCCGUAGUGAAGAAGUAUCUCGAGACAUAUGCAGAAGAACUGAAGCCAUACCUUCAUCUAAGUACUCAGGUGCUGGAUGUUCGACGAGUAUGUUCGUCGAGCAAAGGAAUAUGGACGGUGAAAACGCUCAAUCUGAAGACCCAAACGGAGUCAAUCGCCGAAUUUGACGCCGUUGUCGUAGCCAACGGACAUUAUAGCGAUCCAUUCAUUCCAGAUAUCUCAGGCAUUAAAGAGUGGAAUGACUCCCAUCCAGGUGUCAUUUCGCAUUCGAAAUACUUCAGGAAGCCCUAUGAGUUUGAGGGAAAGAAAGUCAUAGUUGUUGGCAACUCGGCGUCUGGCAUCGAUCUUAGCGCACAAAUAUCCCAAUUCUGCCAGAAACCCAUCCUGAUUAGUGAAAAGCACGCUUCCAAUAUCACCGCUUCAACCGACACUUCUCAGGCAGAGAAUCUCCCUGAAAUUGUUGAAUUUCUCAAAGACCAACCACGCGCGGUGCGUUUCGCGAAUGGCCGUGUUGAGACAGACAUCGACAAGAUCAUCUUUUGCACGGGUUACUUUUACUCGUUUCCCUUUCUGUCUUCCCUAUCUCCCGCGCUUGUCUCCAAUGGAGACCGCACACAGAACGUGUACAAGCACCUGUUCUACAAUACCGAGCCUACACUGGCAUUCAUCGGUUUACCUCAGCGCAUCGUGCCGUUUCCCGUGUCUGAGGCCCAGGGCGCCGUCAUUGCUCGCGCAUGGUCCGGCCGCAUGACUCUGCCGUCACUUCGCGAGAUGCAGAAAUGGGAAGCCGCAACUAUUGUUGAUCGCGGUUCUGGGAGGAAUUUCCACACGAUUGCGUUUCCGCUCGAUGCGGAAUACAUCAAUCAUCUACAUGGUUGGGCAUUGCAGGCUACAUCCCGCACACGCCUUGCCAAUGAUGGCCGCGGAAAGAUGCCGCCAUAUUGGAAUGAGCAGACGCAGUGGGUGCGUGAGCGGUUUCCCUUGAUCAAAGUUGCGUCGAAAAAGCUAGGCGAUCGACGACACGAAAUAUGCACGCUUGAAGAGCUGGGCUUUGACUAUCUCAAGUGGAGGAGCGAGGCGGCAAAUGCAGAGUCCCAUCUCCUUUGA